AUGGCCACGCUUCGCCAGUUCCACGACAAGCACCUCGUGCUGCAUCCUCACGCCGGAUCCUUCACCUCAGACCCAGACUCGGCGCGAUGGAGUAACAAAGAUCUCGACCCAGUGGCUGAGGAGAAGAAAACAUGGGAAUGGUGGCAUGUCGGAGGCUUCUGGAUUGCUGAAGGCUUCAAUCCCGCACAAAUGCAAGUUCCUUCCAGUGCUGUGGCUCUGGGCUUGAACCCCGGCCUGGCAAUGGUGGCUUGCUUGAUUGGAAAUCUUCUCGUGACUGGGCCGGUCUGCAUCGUGGGCUGGCUUGGAAGCAAGUACUCAAUCCCAUUCCCAGUCAUUGCUCGAGCGUCGUAUGGGAUGGUUGGCGCGUACUGGGCAAUGAUCAUCCGUGGCAUAUUCUGUGUCAUUCUAUAUGGUGUUCAAGCAACACUCGGCGGGAACGCUGUUCGAUGCAUGCUUGAAGCCAUCUGGCCGUCCUUUGCCCACUGGCACUUGGACAGCCUUCCUAAGAGUGCAGACAUCACGGCCCCCGACUUACUCUGCUUCUCUCUCUUCUGGAUCGCCUCUUUCCCGUUGCUUUUCGUGCCCAUGUCGUCACUCCGCUGGCUAUUCGCCGUCAAAAUUGCGAUCAUGCCAUUCUUCUACGUCGCCUUGUUCACGUGGGCGUUGACGGCGGGCCACGGCGUUGGGCCUUUGUUUUCGAUUCCCAACAAAAUCACAAGCGGAUGGUCCAUCGGCUACGUCUUUUGUUCAACCAUCCUGGCCACCAUCGGAGGCAACGCGACUUUUGCGGUCAACAUGGCGGAUAUCACUCGCUAUGCUAAGAAUCCUCGGAGCUCAGCCAUUGCGCAGGCAUUUGCUUUGCCGAUAUGCAUCACGAUGAUCGAGUUGCUCGGAGCGCUCAUGGCUGCCACGGCUCAAGUCGUCUACGGCCAGGUUCUCUGGAAUCCCUUGACAAUUAUUCUCCUGUGGAACAAUAGAACUGCGAAAUUCUUUGCCGGCCUGCUCUUCGCAUUCGCGACCAUCGCAACAAAUAUAACCGGAAACAGUAUUCCCUUUGCUCACGAUAUCGCCGGCAUCUUCCCGAGAUACAUGAAUGUUCGACGGGGCCAAGUUCUGUGUGCUAUUCUCGGAUUUGCAAUGAAUCCCUGGGUCAUUCAAGCCCGGGCUUCUCGCUUCUUCAAUUUCGUUGGAGGAUAUUCGAUCUUCCUCGGACCGUUGGUUGGAGUAAUCUUGUGCGACUACCUUGUCAUCCGCAAAGCGAAGCCAUACAAUGUAUACCAGCUGUACCGACCGGGAGGUCUGUACUGGUACUGGAAGGGCUGCAACUUCCGCGCUCUGACGGCGUGGCUGGUGGGUGUCGUCCCACUGCUACCCGGUCUGAUCUACAAUAUCAACUCCAACAUCAAAAUGGACAAAGGCAUCUUGGAGUUCUACACGCUCGGCUGGCUGGAUGGCCUGGUGAUUGCAUCGCUCACAUACUACCUGCUCUGUCUGGCCUUUCCGUUCGCGAAGGAGAUCGAAGACGGGACUGUCGUCGUGAUCGGGACAAAAGACGUCGAGUCUCUUCCCGAGGAGUUACGUCGUCCGCUGGAUGAGAAGUAG